GGGGUAGUUCUACCAAAAACAAAUGUAUUCUUCGACAGUUUAGUUUUUUGAAACUAUUGUAUAAAAGUUACUUUAUGGUACCAUCGAGUAACAUAUAGUGUAUGAAACUUUUCUUGAGUCGGGAGAAUGUUAUUGCAGUCAUUAUGUAGAAGAAGGAUAGUUUUUUUAGAACAGAAAAUAUUGAAUAGUAGUCAUGUUGUAUGUAAAACUACACACAGACACCUCUUUACAUGUACAGAUUGUAGUGCUUUAAGAAUAUUACCCAAAAAUGUAAAUAAUACAUUUAGACUCUCACCAGUCUCCCCAUUGUUUAAAAUCACCAGAGUUAUAAGCUCAAGUAAUGGAGAUUCAGGGAAAAAUGCAAAAAUCAAAGCAAAAGAGGUUCCUGAAAUUCCUCCAGCAGUUACUCCUAGAUUCCGGUUGAAAUAUGUAGAAAAAAAUCGAGCUUUAAAUGAUUAUUUAUUAACACCAAAAGAUCUAGGAACAUUAUCAGCUAUCAAAACCAGAAGUGCUUAUGUAUUAGGAGGAACAGAUGAGGUGUAUAUUCGUAAAGAUAUAGAGGAAUUAGUGAAAAGUAAGUUUGGAAGUUUAGAGAAAUUAGAAGAAGAAAGAGUGAGAAGAGAUGAAUCUGAAGAACCCAUUGAUUUAAUACAAUCUCAAAAACAUCCAGUAAAAGGCUCUACAUUUGUAGUUAAAAUAGCCUUAUUAAUGAAUGCAGCUAUAACUUGUGUAAAAUUUGUAGCCUAUCUCUAUACUGGAUCUAGUAGUAUGUUUAGUGAAACAAUUCAUUCAUUGUUUGAUACUAUCAAUCAGGUGCCCCCAUGUGGUGUUCACCAGUACUGGAUGUUAGGCACCAGUGCUGUAGUAUAUUUUGCUUUAAUGUGGGCUUCUGUCUAUUCAGCACGGAAACCAGAUUCCAAAUAUCCAUAUGGUUACUCUAAAUUCCGUCAUCUAGUAGCUAUAAUGUCAGGAUUUUAUCUAUUUGGCGUUGGUUCAGCAUUGUCAAUAGGUUAUGGUGUUUAUGGAUUAUUUCAUCUCAGUCAUUUAGAAAAUGCUGCUUUGGGUUACGGUGUAUUAGGCUUUUCCUUUGUGUGUGAAUCAGUUUCAUUCAUGGUAGCCUUUGAUAAGAUGAGAAAAGAAAGUAAAGCUAAAGGAAUGACUUAUAAAGAUUACUUAUGGAAAGGUAAUGACCCUAUAGUGACAAUGAUAUUAUUUGAAGAUGGUGCAGCUAUUUUAGGAGCACCUAUAGCUGCUGGUUGUAUGUAUUUAUCAUCAACGUAUUUUCUAGCUGCUGACCCUCUUGGAUCAUUGUUAAUUGGUGGUGUGCUGGCAGGAGUAGCAGCUGCUGUGUUUAAGAUCAAUGUCAAAUGUAUAGAUGAAAGAGCUAUUCCAAGAAAAGAAUUGGAAGGUAUCAGAAGUUUCUUGGAAGAUGAUAGAAUGAUCAGAUCUAUACAUGAUGCUAAAGCUACAGAAUUGGAUGGUGAUAUUAAGUUUAAAGGUGAAGUUUACUAUGAUAGUUUAGAGGUUACAAGAGAUUAUUUACGAACUCUAGAUAAACAACAAAUGUUAAAGGAAAUAGAAACUAUUAAAACUGAAGAAGAUUUAGAUAAGUUUAUGUUAAAACAUGGAGAACAGAUAGUAGAUAAUGUUGGUUCACAAACUGAUAGAAUUGAAAAGAAUUUACAGAAAAAAUUUCCCAGAGUACGACAUAUAGAUCUAGAAGCUUUAUAAAGUAUGCACCUUUGAUUUUAG